AUGCUUGUUAGCGUAACGGAACUAGUCAUAGAUACAGAAGACGAGGUGCUAGAUGAGGAGCUCGCAUCCCCAGCAGAUGUAGAGGUCGAAGUUCUCAGCGAUGCAGUACUUGUAGUUGUACUUGUCAGGGAUCCUGCAGCACUAGUCGUGGAAGUUGGAACUCCUGUAGAUGUCGAGAACACUGUGUUCAAUAUUGUCGAUGUCGAUAGGCUGGUUGACGGAUUAUUGAUCGCCGUCGUUGUUGAUGUAUCGAAGCUCAUCGAAAUGGAAUUUCCAACUGAAGUGGUAGAAACUGGGUUGAUUGACGAACUUGUCGUAGGUGUAGAAGCGACAAUUGAACUUGAUGGAUUACUGGUGGAUGAGGACAAUGUACUUCCAAGUAAACUCGUUAAACUAGAAGCUGUACUAGCCUGCGUCGACGUAGAUAAGCUCGCAGAACUCGUCCCGGUUGGCACAAUUGAAGAGCUCGUGGGUCGGUCAUUCUCAGCCGUGGUGGUCGUUGAAUGGGAAGUGCUUAAACUCGAGGGGCUAAUAACUGAAGUUGACGUACCUCCAUUCGAACUCGUCAACGAGGUGCUUGUCAUCAAAUCAGUGCUCGACAGGGAAGACACUGUCAUAGUAGAUGCAGUCGUUGACUCCGUCAUCGUUGUUGAUAGACGGCCAGAUGUAGUCGUGACCUCUGAUACACUAGUCGUUGUCGAGCCUCUUGUUGAAACACUUGUGCUGAUUGAGUGUGACCCAGAAGCCAUUGUGGUGCUUGCCUCCGUCGACGUAGUUGUACUACUUGUACCUGAGGGAGAAGAUGUUGUCGUACUGGUAGUUAUAACAGCCGACGUAGUUGUGCUGGAUCCCGAAGUGAUGAUCUGCGAUGAUGUCGUUGAAGCCAGAGGCGAAAUUGUGCUGCUAAGAACAGAGGAGGUUGUGCUUGGACUUGGGGGUAGACUUGAUGAACUAGAAGGGGGUUCCACUGUACCUGUAUUACUCGUAGUUGGCAGCACGUCAGAAGUGGUGCUUGAUCCACUAUUGAGUCCUGAAGACGUCGUGCCGGUGGUUGGGUUUCCGCUGGAUGUCGCAACAGGGGUAGUAAUCGAAGUCGUACUUGCUGUGGUCAUUGCCUGCGAGACGCUGGUCGUACUUGUGGUAUUGGGGCGACUCGUUGAGCUGGUGGUUGUGCUGACCGAAGGUCCGUUCGAAGAAGUGCUUGUUAUGACUGGAGGCACAACAGAUGAGCUUGAUGUGGUCACUGGCAGAACGACUGAAGAGGUGGUCAUCACUGGUGGGCUGAUUGAGCUGGUGGUUGUCCCUAAGGAAACUAGAGGGCUUGUCGUCGUCGUUGGUGAUACUACCGAUGUGGUUGUGACUGGCGGGGUAGCAACAGACGUUGUUGUCGAUGAUGAUGGGCCUGGAGAUGAAGUGCUUGUGGCAGGAGGCACGACUGGAGGCGAAGUAGACACCAGUGGCACGAUGGAAGAUGUAGUCGUAGAUCUUGAUGUUGUGGGUGCUGACGUUGGCACAAGCGAUGUAGCUGAUGAUGACGGUGCAACAGGGAAUGUAGUCGCUGGUGGUGCAACAACUGAUGUAGCUGAUGAUGACGGUGCAACAACUGGAGUAGUUGGUUGA